AUGGCUGAAAUACGAGAUCAGUAUGGGAACCCAAUUCAGCUCACCGACGAACAUGGCAACCCAGAACAAUUGACCGAUGAACAUGGUCAUCCCAUGCACCUUACUGGUGUGGCCACCACAAAAAUCCAUGAUGAACCAGAUAGAGAUACCACUGAGGGAACUUUAGCUAGUACUGCUGUUGGUGUUGGUGGUGCAAAAGAGCAUGAUCAGCAGCUGGAUCAACAGAAGCAGCAACAUGAGCUCGAGGUUUCUCGGACCAGUAGCUCCAGCUCUGGCUCGUCUGAGGAUGAUGGGCAAGGUGAAAUUGAAGGACAAGGUGGGGAAGUUAGGAGAAGGAAGAAGAAGGGUUUAAAGGAGAAAAUAAAGGAGAAGUUAACAUGUGGGAAGAGCAAGGAGGAGCAGUCACAGACAGAGAGUUUUACAAGCACAGCCACAACCACUAUAUCCACUGGUGCAACCAGCCCCGGUGCUCAACCUGAGCAUGAGAAGAAAAGUGUGAUAGAGAAAAUCAAAGAAAAAUUGCCAGGCCACCAUAGCCAUUAA